AUGGCAUCGAAUAGCAAGCAGAGGCCCACGCUGCGCACCUCUCAGAGCGCCUCGGACCUCCGUCCACAUUGCCGUGCCCAGCCGCCCGUGCAGCGAGUUCCAUCAGGCCAUGGCUUCAUCCACAGACCAUCGAGGCCGCCGGCAGCCAAGGGUCCGAGCGCGAUAAGAAAGAAUGCACCAGCGGCGGAUGGCGGGGUUGAGAUACGCGCUGAGAAUGACAUGAUUGAGUAUUGUCCGAUGGGUAGUUUCGAGGAUCCGUCUGGGUACGCGGGUCUGGACAUCUGUGAUGGCGGGGUAGACGUGGCGGCGCUGCUGAGGGCGAUUGAGGCGAUGCCCUGGCAGGACAAGGGGAGCCCCACAGCCAAGGAUAGGAUGGUCGACGACGGGUGGGCAGAAGGGAUACGUAAGGGACUAAUAAGUGGUUCUUGCAGCAUUUGAAAUGAAAUGGUCAUUCUGUGUGGGUAUGUAUGCUGAGUUCAGGUUGGAUGUGUCAACGUGCUCUCUGAGUCCCGCUUCGCCUCUAUCCCCCACCGCCAUCUCACCGCCCUUUUCGUCGUUGUUCGCCACACCACCCACCCCCCUCUCGCCCAUAUCGCCCCCCGCCCUGCCGGCCAUCACACACGACGAGUCUAUUCUCGAUGUGACCUUCGAGCUGCCCCCUCCCAUGGUAUCAGCUGCCGACCAGCCGGCGGCGGCGUUUGUAGAUCCUUCGGGGUAUGGUGGUCUCGACCUCGACCUGUCGCCCUUUGGGAUUGCGCAGCCGGCCAUGGUCGGCGAUGCGUCCGAGGGCGGCUGGCCGACGGGUGUGUAUGAGGGGGGCCAGGCGGCCAGGCCGUCGCUGGGCGGGGCUGUAACCCCGGGGCCGGUGACGCCCGCGGCCAAGGGCACGCCCAAGUAGGACACAGCGAGCCAAACGGUCAUCUCUUUUAGCUAAUGCCGACAUGAUGCUGCUGGCAUGCAGGUUUGGGCUGACCCCUAUGGUUCCCUCCCUGACGCCGCCGCCUCAGGCAGCCUCCAGGCUGGGCGCGCAAGGCUUUCUCAAAUCGCGCCUCCCAUCCCUCGCACCCAUGGCUGGCUGCUUCUCCCCAGCGCCGCCCUUCGCAUCGCCCGCACCGCCGCAUGUGGUCAACAUGCGCAACCCGCUGGCAUCCCCUUUCCCGACACCAGCAUUCAUGCGGCAGCCAUACACGGGCGAGGGGGGGUGGGGCGAGGGGGCGCAGGAGGUGACUGAGGAGAGCACAGAGGCGUAGAUUGAACAGUUGGUUGAUGCGUUGAUGUUUGCGCAUGUGUGUAUGUGCGUGAGGAUGCAUAGAGAGGAGAGGGUAGGUGACGCGUGAACAGAUUGAUGGGCAUAUCCACAUUAUUAAAUGAUGUAUUGCUG